AUGAUUGAAAAUAAAGCCCAAAUAAAUAAGCAAUCCUUCAUGGAAAUAAAGAAAAAUAGCUUCAAUCAAGCAGAAACUCAAACAUCUAAAUCUUCUCAAGUUGAAGUUGAUAAAAUACCAUUUGAUGAGCUGAGUCCUGGGAAAUUCAAAUGCGGAGUAUGCUCUAAAGUGGUCCAUAAUAUCCUUAUAAAAGCUCAUGCAUAUUCUCAUGCUUCUUUAAAUGUAAAUCCACCUGCUCCAGCUAAAGAAAAAGAAAAGCCACUUAAAGAUUCUUCUAUGGAACAGCUCCCUGUAAAGGAAAAAAUCAGAAAUUUUAAAAAUUCUUAUGUAGCGGAAUUUCCAUUAAAAGAAAAAAUCAUUAAAAUAGGCUCAGAAACAGAGCAAAAAUCAAGAGAAUUUUCAAAUAAAACUGCAAAUGAAAAUGCAAAUGAAAAUGCAAAAAAAGCAAUUAAAAAAGAUUCAGAAAAGAAAUCAAAUCCUAUUGAAGCUCCCAUUCAAAAAGCCCAAAAAGCCAUUAAAGAAGAUGAAGUAAAGAAGCCAAAUGCUAUUGAAGCUCCUAUUCAAAAUGUCCAAAAAACUGCUAAUGCAGAUGCUGUAAAGAAGCCAAAUUUUCAUGAAACUCCUAUUCAAAAUGCCCAAAAAAAUAUUUACUCAGAUGUAGAAAAGAAGGCAAAUCCUUUUGAUGCCUCCAUUCAAAAUGCGCAAACAAUUAUUAGUGGAGACGCAGAAAAGAAGACAAAUCCUAUUGAAGCUCCCAUUCAAAGUGCCCCUGCUCAUAUUUCUAACUCCCCCUCUGAUUAGCGAGCAAAACCAUUAGAAAACCCUAUUUUCGGUAAAAAUUUAUCAAUUAAAAAAUCUUUUAAUAUGCUUUUUUACUGCAAUAUUUUAUAUAGAUUUAAUGAUUAUAAUAAUGAGACCUCCUUCUAAUUUUAUUAAAUUUAAACAUUUGGAUUCUAAAUUCAAAUCUUUUUUUUUAUAUAAUAAUUUUUUUAAAAAAAUUAUCCCUUGGGUGAGGGAGCAUAAAAUUUGUUCGUUAGCCAAGGGAGGAGUAAUGAAAAUGCAUCAACAUCUCAAGCUUUAGCUACUCUUAACCCAUGCUUAAAAUCCUCUAGGCUUCCUAAAACAGCUGCAAAUUUGCUUGACAAUGAAGCAUUAACUUUGCUAGAAAGAGCAAGAUCUCGUAAAGCUGAAUGAAAUAACAAUAUGCUUUCACAAGUGGUUUCCCAAGCUUUAAAUUUGCAAAACACCCCAGAGCCUGAAUUACCUUUGAAGCGCCAAAGAUCAAUUGAAUCAGUCACAGAACUCCUCAAAAAAGCAAAAAUGUGUGGAAUUAUAAUCAAUCGUUUAACCAAAAUUUCUAGCCGAGUAAUUUAUAUAAAAGAGCUGCAUUCGUUUAGAAUAUGGAAGCGUAUAAACAAUAAAUUUUAUUAA